AUGGCUUUGCACGGUACCAAGGCGCCGUCGCUGGUUCGCCAAUUAGUGCCUGCAGCGCGGUCAAGUUCCCGAGCAGUAGCCAUUCCGUCACGAGCACGCACCUUCUGUGCCGCUUACAGAACUGCCGCCAUCGAGAGCAAACCCAUCUCGCAGGCCUUGCGCCUGCGCCGCCGGCCCCGUCCCCUCGUCCCCUCGUCCACGCCCUGCGGCUGUGCCGCCUCGUACCACUCCUACGACCACCCAGACCAGGCCGGCCCGUUCAACAAGGAGGAACAGGCCCUCCUGUCUGCCGCGUACGCCCAUGUCCCCGAGCACGGCUUCACCCAGCAGGCCUUGGUGCUUGGUGCCCGCGAUGCCGGCUACCUCGACAUCAGCACCAAUUUGCUUCCCGAGGGCGUCUUCAGCCUCAUCCGCUACCACCUCGCCACGAAGCGCCUCGCCCUCGCGGCCCGUAGCCGUGAGCUCUUCGAGACACCCGAGGGCGCCGCGCUCAGCACCGAGGCCAAGGUGCAGAGGUUGGCGUGGGAGCGUCUGGUGAGCAAUCGGGAGGUCAUCGGGAGAUGGCAAGAGGCCCUCGCGAUCAUGGCCCAGCCGAGCUUCGUCCCGGCCUCGGCCAAAGAGCUUGCUCUGCUUGCCGACGAGAUUCUCUUCCUAUCCGGCGAUGCCUCUGUCGACCCCUCGUGGUACACGAAACGCGCCUCCCUGUCGGCCAUCUAUGCGGCCACCGAGCUAUUCAUGACCAACGACCGCUCCCCGGGCUUCGAGGACACCGCCGCCUUCAUGCGUCGCCGGUUCGGCGAGGCGGGCGACGUGAGUAGCGUGUUUGGUGCCGUCGGCCAGUGGAUCGGCUUCACCGCGAGCGCGGGGCUCAACGUGCUGAGGAGCAAGGGAGCGAGGAUAUAA